AUGUGGUUGCUACUCAUCCUCUCACUCCUCUUUUACUUCAUUGUCAAGAGUGCAUACAACCUCUUCUUACAUCCCCUUUGCAAGAUCCCCGGACCCAGACUCGCCGCAGCGACCUACCUCCCGGAGUUCUACCAUGAUGUCGUGCGACAUGGGCUGUAUAUCUGGGAAAUCGACAAGAUGCACCAAGAAUACGGCCCCAUCGUCCGCAUCAACCCCCGCGAGAUCCACGUCAGCGACCCCGCAUUCUACCCCGAAGUCUACGCCCACAGCGCUCGCAAACGCGACAAGGACCCCCGCGCCGUCGCCAUCUUCGGGCAGUCGUAUUCGAUGGCCGCGACUGUCCCGCACGAGCACCACCGACUCCGCCGGCAAUUCCUGAACAGCCUGUUCUCAAGGAAGUCAGUCCUCAGUCUCGCGCCCCUCUUCCAGGAGAAGGUCCAGCUGCUCGCCCAACGCCUCAAAGAAGCGCAUCACCGCCGCAAACACGAGAAGGCGAUUGUCCAACUCGAUGACGCUUUCUCCGCUCUCACCGCGGACACCAUCUCGCAUUACUGCUACGGCACCAGCUUCGACUUCCUGCGGCACCCGAACUUCCAGAAUGAGGUCCGCAUAGCGGUUGCUGAAUUCUCCAGGUUGGUGCAUGUUAGCAAGUUUAUUGCGUUGCCUGGGAAGUUGAUUCAGCAACUGCCUUCGAGCUUGAUGCGCUGGUUCAAGCCGCAGUUGGCGGUGUUGUUUGAUAUCCAGGAUAUGGUCGCUAGCCGGUCGUCUGCGGCGUCUGAUAGUACUUCGGCUGCGAAGGCCAGCGGCCGUGGUAAACAAGAAGCAGAAGGGGGUAAAGAAGACAUUGGGCCGCGCCAGACAAUCUUCGAUGCCCUUACCGAUCCUACCACCGUCCCCGAAGCCGAGCGGGCUCCGCAUCGUGUGAGUGCAGAGGGUAUCUCGAUGUUGCUCGCGGCGACCGAGACAACAGCUCGGUCGUUGUCAUUUGCUUUCUAUCACAUGAUGCGCGACAAGGGGAUCAGGGACCGGCUACGCGGCGAGCUGGCACCGCUCAAUCUCGCGCUGGACAGGCCCGUGUCGUUUGCCCAGUUGGAGAAAUGCGGAUAUUUGUCUGGAGUCGUCCACGAAGCCGUACGAUUCACGUGUCCCCUAACCCGACUUCCGCGGGUGGCCCGCACUGAGACUCUGGUCUGUCACGGCCAUACAAUCCCACCCCAGACCCCAAUCUCAAUAUCCAGCUACUACAUGAAUAUGAACCCCGCCGCCUUCCCCGAACCCCAAAAAUUCAAACCAGACCGCUGGAUCGAAGCCGCCGCGCGAGGUAUCAAUCUAGACCAGUACAUGGCCUCAUUCACGAAAGGAAGUCGGAUAUGCAUUGGUAUCAACUUGGCCUACAUGGAGCUCUACUUUGCCGUCGCGUUCCUGGCGAUAGGGUUCGAUAUGGAGCUGUAUGAGACUCCACCGGAGAUGCUGGAGCUGGUGCGGGACUUGGGGCUGGCGUUUCCGAGGGAUGGGGAUUUUAGCGUCCAGGCUUUGAUUACGGCGGUGCAUUUUAGGGGAUAG